GUUGCUCGCGAACGGCGGCAGCGUUUACGGCCGAAAACCGUAUAGCAGUCCGCACACGUCGCUUUCGACUGCUGCACGUACUGCUAACGCCGUAACCGCCAUGUCGGCGUACAUGCAUCUGUUGGUAUGAAACUCGGAUGAAAUUAUGAUCGCCACUGAAGGUGCUCUGCGUAUCCGGUCCGAGUAGGAUUACCUAAUGUUCAACGGCAUUUGCGGGACCACUUGCAGCAAACAGGUUUUAAUGAAAAUCGUUACCCUUAUUUACAAGUAUUGGUAGUUUCUUGAGUAAAUAAUGGACUGAAACAUAAAACGAUUAAGAAAAAAUAUUUUUAUAGAACUCUCUUCAUUUUCUCAGGGGAUGUCGUCGGCCAUCAAAAACCCACAACCGCUUUUCUACCGUGCACACGAGUAUAACGAAUGAAUACUAAAAAACAGCAUGAAAGAUACCUCAGAGUAACUUCAAGAAUCAGUCAGUAUCGAAACUGUUGAUCUAAAAGUGCGGUCUACAAGAAAGCGUUGGAAGUAACAGGUGGCCAUUGAUGUGCAGUCUAUCAGCUAUUGCUGUUACAACGUGACAAUGGUGAACGACAGUGGAGGGUUUGGAGCUUUACAAAACGUUAAACCCAAUACAUUUUUACCGCUGUAUAUACCAAUGGUAGAGUCUAUAAACAGGUCAGAUGUAAAUUACACAGAUCAAAUCAAACGAGAAUAUGUAGAAGACUUCGUUUUCCAAGCAGCAUUCUCCUUAGUCUAUUUUAUAAUAUUUACCUUGGGUAUUUUUGGCAAUGUCUUGGUCGUAUAUGUUGUGUUCGCCAAUAGGCAUAUGCGAACAGUCACGAAUAUAUUCAUUGUCAACUUAGCUGUAUCUGACAUUAUGCUCUGCGGAUUGGCAGUACCAUUUACGCCACUUUAUACAUUUACCGGACGAUGGAUAUUUGGUAGUUUUUUCUGUCACAUCGUUCCUUAUGCCCAAGGCACAAGUGUAUAUACAUCCACUUUGACAUUAACUUCCAUAGCUAUUGAUCGAUUUUUCGUCAUAAUCUAUCCAUUCCAGCCGAGAAUGACUGUUUGGACGACCGCUCAAAUUAUCGCUACUAUUUGGAUAUUUUCAUUGGUGUCAACUUUACCGUACGGUAUUUAUAUGGUGAAAAAUGAAGUAAAUGGUAAAGACUUUUGUGAAGAGCUAUGGCCCUUAGAAUCAAUCAGAAAACUAUUUGGUGCUAUUACUGCUAUUCUACAGUUUGUUUUACCAUUCUUAAUAAUAGCUUUUUGCUAUGUUCGGGUAUGGCUUAAGUUAAAUGAUCGUGCAAGAUGUAAACCUGGAACAUCGACAAAAAACGCUAGAAGAGAAGAAGUUGAACGCGAAAGAAAAAGUCGUACCAACAGAAUGUUAAUAGCUAUGGUGGCUAUAUUUGGAGUGUCGUGGCUACCACUGACUGCUAUUAAUUUUAUGAACGAUUUCUACCAACAAACGACCAGUUGGCAGCAUUAUUACCUCUCUUUCUUUUCGGCACACGCUGUUGCAAUGAGCUCGACGUGCUAUAAUCCAUUUUUAUACGCUUGGCUAAACGAAAACUUUCGAAAAGAAUUUAAACAAGUGUUGCCUUGCUGGCGAGACAAUGUAGCGUACAGGGCAGCUCGUAUAGAUUCUAGUCAAAGCCGUCGAGGUCGGGUCGGUGGGUACCGAUUAGAAAGAACGUGUAAUGGUAAUGAUACGUGCCAGGAAACAUUGCUGCCUACGUCAGUGAUUUUACCCUCAGGUCGUACUACAGCCACAACUGAUUUCACAGGACUUGAUUUGGUCGAUGGAUUAAUGAUGGGUGAUCAAGAAGAUAAUCAAGAUGCAGUUGAAGUAAUGCUUGUAGCGUAUACUCAAGAUGAUGGCACGUCUGAACGUUGUGGUGCUACUCAACAGAACUCUGUGUGAAUUGAAAAAAAAACAUUUUAAUGAUUGUAACAUUGAUCACAAAAAGGGUGUUCAGUAGCAGUACAUUUCCGCCACAAACUACUUAUAGCCUAACCCAAAAUUAUAAGACUUAUAGAUACCUAAGAUAACGAUAUAUUAUAUAGCUAAACUGUUAAUGCCUUAUAGUAUGUAAAUAAUAAUAAGUUUUAUUGUAAAUUUUAUAUUAAAAUAACUAUUCUCUGUAAUGUGUCUGCUUUUAAGGCGGAAUAUUUCCCCUUUCAUAGUUUUUGCAUAGAUUUAUAAUAAACUUUAAUAAAUGUUAGCAUAUUUUACAUUAUAAUAUACAAUACUUAAUUAAAUGAUUUCAUAAAAAAAAUAAAAAUAAUAUAGAUAAUAGCAUUGUAAGAUUUUAAUGAGUAAGUUGUUCUGUGUUAAUUGUGUUUGUACAAUUGGAUAGCCAUAGCUAAGUGUCUUUUUGUUAAAUGCAUUUUCACUAUGUUAUAUUUUAAUUGUGUUGUAUUGCUAUAAUAAGUGAUAUUUAUUGUUGUUCUUGUUACAUUUCUUUAAAUACCCCGUUUGUGUCAUGCAAUACAUGUAAUGAGCCCAUGUGUGUUGUGUCACAUAAACAGUGGUAAAUUGAAAAAAAAUUAUUACCCUUAUAUUUUCUGUCUGUAUUUAAUUAUUAUUGUUAUUAUUAUUUUUUUUAAGCACUGCAAUCACCACAUUAUUGCAAUUUUAAACGAUUAAAUAAAUAAAAAGUAUUGUUUUCAAUUCA